UGACAGUUCGACUUAACCUAAAAUAGUAGGUUGUCUCUGCUUGAAAUGUAUCAAAAAAACUAAAGUAAAAUCAAAAGAUGAUUUGAAAUUAUUGGAUACAUCUUAUACAUUCGAACGAAAAUGUUCAACUGAAUUCUCGAAGUUACUUUGAGACAUUUUUUAGGAUCUACACAAAAAAAUUCACACAAUGAUCUGAGCUUCAAGAGGAAGAACUGUUAUUAGACAAGAUGUUUUCCUUAACAAAUGGUAUGUUUUCUUUGAGUUCGGGUUUUGGCUAUAUAACUGAAAUGGAACAGAUAAUUAGUCAGCUAGAACGAGGUACUCUGGUCACAAAAUUUUCGUGGAGAAAAAAAGCUGAAAGAAAAACUUUAGCCAUAAGAAGAGAAACUCAACAACUUGUAUGGUCCAGAAUUACCAGUCCAACAAAACCUACCGAUGGGGCAAUUGACUUGAGAGAAAUCAAGGAGAUUCGUUUAGGAAAAUGUUCCAAAGAUUUUGAAAAAUGGCCAGAUGAUACGAAAAAGAUUGAAAACUUAAAGUGUUUUGUCAUAUUUUAUGGUUCUGAAUUCAAACUUAGAGUUUUGAGUAUAGUUGCUUUAUCUGAAAAAGAAUGUGAAUUAUGGAUAAAAGGACUACGAUACCUUGUGAAAGAUACUCUAACUGCUCCAUAUUCCAUAAGGGUACAAAGUUGGUUGAGAAGAGAAUUUUAUGCAAUGGAAAAUAUGAAGGAAACGGUGAAUCUGAAAGAUCUAAAGGCUUUUUUUCCAAGAAUAAAUUACAAAAUUUCCACGAACAAAUUAAGGGAGAUUUUCAAUGAAGUGGACACUAGGAAAAGAACAGAAAUAGGGUUUGAUGACUUUGCAGUGCUCUACCAAAAAGUUAUCUUAGACGAAAAGAAAUUGGACAUUUUAUUUGAUAAAAUCUUGAAUUACUCUCCUAAUUUGAAAACUGUCAGUUUGCAUGAUCUUGCCAAUUUUCUAGCUACGGAACAAUCUCAGCCAGUAAAUGAUGAAAGAACUCUUUCAAAAUUCAUGAGUGAUUUCCUCAAGGAUCCACAGAGAGAUGUACAAGAUCCAUAUUUUACGGUACCGGAAUUUAUGGAUUAUUUAUUCUCCAAACAAAAUGAUGUUUGGAAUCCUCUCAGAGAAAAUGUUUACCAAGAUAUGUCCAAACCUUUAUCACAUUAUUGGAUAUCAUCAUCACACAAUACGUAUUUAACUGGAGAUCAGUUUUCAAGCGAGUCAUCUGUGGAAGCUUAUGUAAGAUGCCUUAGGAUGGGGUGUAGAUGCAUUGAACUUGAUUGUUGGGAUGGUCCAGAUGGCAUGCCUUUUAUUUAUCACGGACAUACUUUGACGACGAAAAUUAAAUUCAUAGAUGUUAUAAAAACUAUAAAAGAACAUGCUUUUUCUACUUCUGAAUAUCCAGUUAUAUUGUCAAUUGAAGAUAACUGUUCCCUUCCUCAGCAAAGAAAAAUGGCAUCUUCAAUGCAGGAAGUUUUUGGAGAGAUGUUAGUUGUUCAGCCUGUUGAUAAAAAUGAGAAGCAAUUACCGAGUCCUUAUCAAUUGAGAAGAAAAAUAAUAUUAAAACAUAAAAAACUACCAGAGGGACAAGAAGAAGCUGCUGUUCUGAUAAGAAAUGAUGGGAAUGAGCUAGACCUUAGGAAUUCUGUUAAAAAUGGUAUUAUGUACAUUGAAGAUCCAGUAGAUAAGGAGUGGAAUCCCCACUUUUUUGUCCUCACCAACAGUCAACUCUUUUAUACCGACAGUUACAGAUUGGAUCAAGAAUCUGAAAGGUCUGAAGAUGAAGAAGACAGUUCUUCAUCAUCUUCCUUCCAACGUACAAAAUCUGAAAUUCCAAAUGAAGAACUACAUUUUAGUGAAAAAUGGUUUCAUGGGAAACUUAAGGAUGGUAGGGAUGAAGCAGAAAGGCUUCUUAAAACCUAUUCUUAUUUGGGCGAUGGAACAUUCCUUGUUAGAGCAAGUGUUACUUUUGUUGGAGAAUAUUGUCUGUCUUUUUGGAGAUGCGGCCAAGUGAACCACUGCAGGAUAAGAUCUAAACAGGAUAAACAACAAACGAAGUUUUAUCUAAUGGACUCGAAAUAUUUCGAUAGUCUAUACAGUUUGAUUACUUACUACCGAUCCAAUCCGUUAGUGACUGCAGAAUUUGCAAUAACUCUACAGGAACCCGUUCCUCAACCGAAAAAGCACGAAACUGAGGUGUGGUACCAUAAAAAUACUGGGAAGUUGCAAGCCGAGGAAAUUUUGAAGAGGGUAAAAACUGAAGGUGCUUUCAUAGUGAGACCUAGCGAAAAUGACUCAAAUUGUUUCACCAUAAGUUUCAGAGCUGAUAAAAAAAUCAAGCACUGCAGAAUAAAACUAGAAGGCCGCCUGUACACUAUUGGAAAUGUCGAAUUUGAAAGUCUUGUUGAACUGAUAAAUUAUUAUGAGAAUCAUCCACUCUACAGAAAGGUCAAGUUAACAUAUGCUAUAAGUGAAGACGCAGUAAGAAGAAUGUCCUCGGAUCUCCAGGAAUCUCCGGUCUAUAAUAGCACCCCAUCAUACAUGGAUCCGAGCGCAUUUGUCCCCCCAAAAAUAAACGUGAAGGCUCUCUAUGAUUACAGAGCGCAAAGACCAGAUGAACUGUCUUUUUGUAAACAUGCCAUCAUCAAUAACGUUACGAAGCCUGAAAACAGCCUCGGCUGGUGGCGAGGUGAUUAUGGGGGUAUGAAGCAAUUAUUUUUUCCUGCUAAUUACGUUGUGGAGAUCGACGAUCAACAAGAAUCAGACGAUGGGUCAAUGUUACAAGGUCAUUUGGAUAUGAGUGGAGCUGUAGUGGAUCUACUUCAGAACCCCGAUAGAGUAGGCUUGGAAUGGGUUCUCAGAAUUGUCACUUCCACAGCAUGCACGCCUUUUGAAGUUGCAGUUCACUCGAAGGAAUUGGCUUUAGAAUGGUUACUGAACAUAAGGGAAGUUGCGCAGAGGGCAUGUGCCCUAGAAACGCAUCACAAACAGAUGGAAAAGGCGUGCAGAAUAGCCAAGGAAAUGUCAAAUUUGAUAAUUUACUGUCGGUCUGUUGCGUUCAAUUUGGAGAGGGCUCGAACUACCCCAUUCAUUCACAAUGAGAUGUCAUCGUUUCCAGAAAACAAGGCAGAAAAGCUCAUUUGCCAACAAGAAAGGCAUUUUUUCCUCAGGUACCAUCAGCACCAAUUUUCUCGCGUGUAUCCAAAAGGCCAAAGAAUCGACUCGUCUAAUUACAGCCCGGUCAACCUGUGGAACUGCGGUUCCCAGAUGGUAGCUUUGAACUUCCAGACCGGUGACAAGGCUAUGCAACUGAACCAAGCGAAAUUCAGGGAUAAUGGAUUUUGCGGCUAUCUGCUGAAACCAGACGUCAUGUUCAGGACAGACUUCGAUCCCUUCGAUAAGACGUCAUUGGUCGGGGUGGAGCCUUUACGGAUUUCGAUCAGGGUCAUUGCUGCUCGUCAUCUGAAUAGGUCCAAGAAAGGCACUGCCAGUCCUUUCGUUGAAAUCGAGGUACAGGGUGCGCCAUACGACAGCGGCGUCAAAUUAAUCACGAAACCUGUUGCUGAUAAUGGUUUCAACCCAAUUUGGUUGAACGAAUCCUGUGACUUUGUGGUGUUGAAUCCUCACUUUGCCCUCCUCAGAUUCCUUGUGCAAGAUGAGGAUGUUUUUGGAGAACCAAAUUUCAUUGGACAAGCUACAUAUCCGGUCUUAUGUUUGCGGACUGGCUACAGGAGUGUAUGGCUGAAAAAUACUUUUAGUGAAGACUUGGAACUUGCAUCUCUCUUGAUAAAUAUACGUAUAAAACCGAGUUCUCAACAUUUGCAGAUUUGCGGGUCCCGAAAUAUACAAAAUUCGUCUGUUAGGAGAAAAAAAAGGAAUUGCUGUAACAUCUCUUGAAAUUUAAUAGUUUUUUUUCGUGAUUUUGUUUUAGUCAGUAAUGUUAAGAAUAUAGAGUGAACAAACAGACAUAUGAAAACUUUAAAUUAUGCUGAAUACCAAAGAGUGGAAAAUCAGUCCUUGAAUUUUUGUAUAAGAGUUGGGCAAAAUUAUUUUCUUCCUGCAUAACAUAAUUGGACAUACUUGUACAUA